UACAGGCUUCCUGGUCCGGCUGCUGCAGGACUCAGGUCUUCACUUCAGUUGCUGUUAAAGUCGUCGCGGUUGCUUUUAUUUUCCUGUCUGUUGUCUUGGGUUGGCCAUCAUGCUUCAUCGUUGUUUUCUUCUUAUUGGAGCGCUGCUCUCAUUUGUUGUGCCCCUGCUGGUUGCCGUGGAGACCUGCCCAGCAACAGGGAUGCCCGGGAUGCCAGGUAUUCCUGGGCUUCCUGGCAGAGAUGGACGUGACGGAGAGAAAGGACAGAAAGGAGACCCAGGAGCUCAGUGGGACGGUGGCCUCGGCCCUCAGAAGGGAGGGAAGGGGGAGCCGGGGCUGAUGGGAUUCCCUGGUAAGCGAGGUCAGAGUGGAGAACCUGGGGAACCGGGGCCCCCUGGAUAUGCAGGACCUCCAGGAGAACCAGGAGAAGCCGGGACUGUAGGAGUCCAGCUACAGGCGGCCUUCAGCGUGGCCAGAGGAACCAACGAAUACCCGGACAAAGCAAGCGUCAUUCGGUUCACUAAUGUCAUCACCGACGUCGGUGGAGACUACAACACAGAAACAGGACGCUUCAGGUGUCGAGUCUCGGGAACGUACUACUUUGUGUACCACGCUUCCUUAGAAGAUCGACUCUGUGUGGGGCUGAAGCUUGACAACCAGCAGCUGGCUUCGUUCUGCGAUUAUCGCCGGAACAGGAGACAGGUGACCUCGGGCGGCCUGGCGGUCUACGUGUCGAAAGAUCAGGAGGUUUGGCUAGAGACUACAGACUACAGAGGGAUGAGAGGAAACCCGAAUGGUUACAGCCUCUUCUCUGGCUUCCUACUGCAGUCGCACUAACAGACAGGAUGGCUAACACAGAACCACUUUACAGCGUAACCAGUGGAACUACAGGCAAAGCAACGAGCCUUUCACCUUUUAAAAAAGUGCCUACUGGAUAUUUGUCAUAGUCACCUUUCCUUUAUCAUUUUGCAUUACAGAUUUCUUUCACCCUUUAGUAUAUCUAUCUUGUAUAUUUUUUUUCCUUUUCUUUCAUCUCUGCAGGUGACUUUUAAUGACAGUGUCACAUAAAUCAGGAAUUCUUUAUUGCCUGGGUUAAUAAAAGCUAAAUGACAAAAUAAA